GCCAAAAGCAAGAGAGUGUGGUGGUAGGACUACAUAGCCCAGGAUUUCUUUAUGAACAGAUAUUCUCUAACAGUUGUCACCGUGAGUGCUGGCAGAGCUACCAGCGGCCUCUCACCAGUACAAGAAUGGAUCUUUCUGCCCUUAUGCAUGAACUGAAGUGCUCCAUUUGUCUGAGUCUAUAUUCAGAACCUGUGUUGCUGAGAUGUGGCCACAAUUUCUGUAAAGCCUGUAUUGCGGAGGCACUGGAUGCCCAGGAAGAGACUGGGGUCUACUCCUGUCCGGACUGCAGAAUGGAGUACCUGGAACGUCCUGUGCUCCAAAAGAGCAGGAAGCUCUGUAACAUCGUGAAACAUUUGACGCCUACUCGCAUGGAGCAGAUGGAAGCCAAGGUCUUCUGUACUUACUGUGACUCUCGUGUACCAGCUGCUAAAACAUGCCUACAGUGCGAGACAUACCUCUGCAAUAAUCACUUAAGGAGCCACAAGAAGUCCAUGGACCAUGUACUGGUUGACCCCACGACUUCCCUGGAAAACCUGAUGUGUCCCAUCCAUCAUAAAAUACAGGCCUACUACUGUGCAGAAGAUGCGGCUAACAUAUGUGUCUCCUGCUUUGCUUUUGGAAAACACAGGGGGCACCUGGUGGAGACAAUCGGUGAGGCCUUAGAAAAGAAGAAGAAAAAAUUAAGAGUUUUUCUGGAUACACUGUCUGCAAAGAGAGACGAAACGGAAAGGAGGGUCCUGAGGCUUCAGGAGCAUAUGGAUGGAGUGCAAGAGGAAGCAGCUAGUGUCCAAAGGAGAGUCACUGGUCUGUUUAAGGACAUCUGGGAAGAGCUGGAAGCCCUAGAGAGGCGAGUAGUGGGUGAGAUCUCCAGACAGGCUACUCAUAUUUCAUUGAAAAUCUCUGACCUCCUCCAAGAGUUAAAGAUGAGAAAAGAAGCACAGUCCCAGAUUAUCUGCCACAUUGAGGACUUGUAUAACAGACACAAUUCAUUAUCUGUCUUGCAAGGACAAGCUCUGAAUUCUUCUGGUCUUUGUUACUCUAAUUAUGGAGAUGAAGAUGACGAAAGAUAUGAGAAAACAUUUAGCACCAUUGGGGAUCUAAAUGAAGGUCUGAUCACAGAAACUUUAAACACUGGUAUGUCUGAUAUUGUGACCAUCAUACAGAGGAACAUCUCCACACUAGAGGUUUUGCCAAUAACAAUGGAUUUAAACACCGCUCACAACAGACUGGAGUUAUCGUCCAACUUGAAAACUAUAUCAGACUCCUGUAUAAACCAUGGUCGUUCUGGGUCAACCUUGAGGUUCUCGAUUUACAAUCAGAUAUUAAGUGUUAACAGUUUCACGCUAGGACAGCAUUACUGGGAAGUAGAGACCAGCUUUAAAGGGCUAUGGGACAUCGGUUUGGCCUAUCCCAGUAUAAAGAGGAAUGGAAAGCGUUCUGGGAUUGGAGAUAACGCAAAGUCUUGGUGUUUGCGUAGAUAUACCAACAAAUACAUGUGGGCUCACAACUCGAAUGCUCAGUCAUUACUCUUUGAUCAAUGCUCUCAAAUAAUUGGAAUAUAUUUGGAUUACGAGGCUGGACGUCUGAGCUUCUAUGAGCUGUGUGACCCGGACAGGCGCAUAUACAGACACUUGCACACCUUUACUGCUACGUUUGUUGAGCCACUGCACGUUGCAUGCUAUGUUGGUGAUGGUGCCUGGGUUAGGGUCCUGCUCUAGAAUCUCCUCUAUGUACUCAAAUAACUCUUACUCCGUGUCAUUCUAAAAUCACUGGAUUUAUCUUGGUGUCACUGGUGCUUUAUGAAUUAAAUCGCAUACAAACAA